AUGCAGCAACGUUGUGCUACAUCUGCCAAAAACCUGUGCCGCAAAAUCCUUCAACCCCAAGGCGCAAUCCGAGCGAGCACGCUGCCCCUCUGCGAUAUCUUCAUCAACCAUCGAGGGACCGAUACGAAAAGGACCAUUGCCGGGUUGUUGCACGACCAUUUAUUAAGGCUGGGGCUAAGGCCUUUCCUCGAUAGCAUGAACAUGAAGCCCGGCGACAAGCUGAUCGGGAAGAUCGACCCCGCAAUACGGAGCUGUAAGCUGGGCGUGGCCAUCUUUUCACCCAAUUAUUGUGAUUCGUACUUUUGCCUACACGAGCUUGCGCUGUUGAUGGAGAGCAAGAAAAGGGUUAUACCGGUGUUUUGUGAUGUGAAACCAUCGCAGCUUCAAGUUGUGGAUUACGGGACUCAUUCCACCGAGCAACUGCGCAGAUUUGGUUGGGCACUUCAGGAGGCUAAAUACACCGUUGGUCUUGCAUUUGAUGCUUUACAAGGGGACUGGUCGGGUUUCUUAAAUACUGCAACCGACGCUGUUAAUAAGAACUUGGUGGAACUGGAAGCUGAGAAUUCAAGCAAAAAGGCUACAUAUAUCGUGGAAGGCCGUCAACAAAAAUGA